CGUUCUUGUUCUUGCCGUAUUAGUUUUUUUUUGUGCAAGUGGUAUUAAUAAUGAUCACAAAGUGCAGACUAAGUGAUAAUGCUUCUUUAGGUGAUGUUUCUACACCGAUAAGCGGUAGCGAUAGUAAUACCGAAGAAACAACCUGUGAGAGCAUGCACAGGGACGAUCCAUGCAGCAUUGACCAACAAUCGAACGAUUGCGGCCGGUAUCGACCACCGGGAUCAAACCAGAAGAAACGUUUGCCUGGUUCGCUGCUUUCCGACGACAGUUGCAAUGCAGUUGACAAUAUGCUUGGUGUAACUGAUGAUCAAGCACAAAACGAGAAAGGGUGCCGCGAGGCGGACCACAAUGCUGACCUUUCGUUUAAUGGUAAAAUAAGAACAUUGGCUAGUGGAAGUCAAAUUGUGACACCACGACGUCCAUCGAUUAACACAAUCGAUGGUUUGACUGCGGUUAAAGCGACGGUUCCGGAAGUUGCAACCGAUGUGAGCAACAAAAAUGAUUUGCUAAACCGGGAGAAAAAGUUUAACGAAUCAUUUGAACUGCUGACGAAAGAGUGCAACACUUUAAAUUACUACAACAAUGAAAAGUCACCCGAUUUGUUUGCGGACGAUGAUGAGACUGAACAGGAGAAGGAAAAUCAAGAUCAUAGUAUGCAUCGAUCAUACCAACGCGUCAGUGGAACCGGAACGAAAGAAUUAGAAUGUGAAGCCGAGAACAGCGUAGAUCAGACUGACCAUAUGUUGCUAAAACGAAUGAAAAUGUCCCUAUCCGGUAUACCACCACCGCCAGCACUAACCUACUCCGAUAUUGACGUUGGUACCAUGCUGACGAUAUAUCGCAGCAACGUGAAGUCAUGGCUAACUACGCAUGGUUUCCAGAAAAACACAGCUGAGCAGGUUACUGAAGGUGAAGCUGAAAAGGAACAACAACCACAGCAGCAUCAGCAACAAGAGUGUCUCUUGAAGCCAACACACUCAACAGACGAACUUACCAACAUGAAAUGGCCGGAACUAACGAAACAUCGGGCUCACGGACUGCAUUACAACCGAUCAAGAAUGUCGGAGACUUUUGAACUUUUAGGCUUAAAGUACAUUGAACGGUACAUCAGCGCAGAAACGAGUUGCUCCUUCAAUAUGACUAUUCUACAAUCGAGCGCCAAAAAGCGAAACCAACGAUUAAAAAUGUUAAAUCAAUCUCCGGGUAGACGACUGAGCCACCUAGCCAGACGACGGGCCACAUUUUCAUCCGAAAGCUUACUUAACACCAGUGGCAGCAAGAGUGGCAAUAUCGUAAGCGCUGGCAAGGGUCCCAUCGAUGCGGGUGUGCUGAGGAGACUAAAUCCACACCGAGCGUGCAAUAAUAGACAAGUGCUACUAGAUCCGAAAAAAUCGGACAACCGUAGGAAAAAUAAAAUUAAAACACCCAAAAGACGAACGCCGGGUGAAAAAAAGUCACCGCGCCGUCGUACGCCAGGUUCAUCAUCGAAAAAGCUAUCAUUGUUGCGUGCUAGUGCCGGUGGUAAAUCGUGCACACAGGUGCACGUACCCGCAACUCGCGAAUCCUCGAAACGCGCCCUAUUUCUGAGUCCACAGAACAGUGACAAAUUAUUGUCACCGGCUCGUUACGAUCUUCGCUUCUCGCUCGGUAGUAAUAGCAAGCAAACGGAACGUUCGAUAUUUUCCGAGGCUAGAAUUUUGAAAUCAAAACGAUCACUAUUUUCGCAAACACGCGGCACAGCCGAGAGUAGUGGCGCCGAGUCCAUUGCAUCUAUUUCCAUUGGUACGACCAGUACGACCACCAAUGCAAUCCCGACCGCCGCCAUGUCCAACAAACGGCGACGCUCUUCAAUCAUCGACAAUGACGACGGUGCGGGAAAUGCGCUCGGAGAGCGGACGGAGAAAAUACGACGCACAGAAUGUUCUGGUCUAACGGAGGAAGAUUUAACGCCACGCUCUUUAAAAUUUGCACGCAGCAAAAGUUUUUGUGUUGGUUUGCAAAGCACGGGCCUGCCUUCUGCGGCAACGUCGGACGUCAUCAGUGCGCCAGGAAUUGGAGGAAAAACAUUGAUUCGUGCGAAUUCAGAAAUUUCUUCCGCAGAUGGUCCACGGCCAUUAGUAAUGCUGACGGAAAAUCACAAAAAGAAAUUAUUAUGGGCAGUUUCGCAGGCACUGCAAAGCAAGCAAAUAACUGCAAAGCACGAACUGUUCAAGCAGCAUGCCUCCAACCUGGUGAGAGUAGUGAAAAGGCUGUUUUUAGAAUUUAACGAUCAAACCACCAGUAGCACAAGUGAAAAGCUUCUAAAGUUGGCAAACAAGCACGUGUACGAGGUGAUUCAGGGUAAAAGCGUUGACGAUAUUUAUUUCCGCGAGAAGACCCGAAUCAUGAACGCACGAAACAUGCCCAAACUGCAGGGCUACAUCGCGCCCGAGGAAUACGAAUUACGGCAGCUGAAGCGAACUGCCAGCAUUACCUCCUUCGACGGAUCUUCUCCGUUCGACUGCUCGUUAAGCGCCAGCCAGAGUUUCCUAAGCCAAAGUUCUAUGCUUUCGCAGGGUAGCUCCUUCGGUGGUUUGUCACAGCUGUCGCAAACGAACAGUUUUGUGCGGGGAGGAUCUCACCUAAAGACGGCAUCAUCGACCGGUAGUGUUAAUACGGUAGGACUGAGCACUGUCGCUACCAAUACUGCAUUACGCGAAAACGUCGACAGUGAGCUGCGGCAACGCUCCACAAAAAAGCAAUUGCUCUUCUCCGGCAAGGAUCAGAAAAAUGUAAGUCCGUUCCGGAUGGAAAAGAAUUUGUCCCUCAUAGGAAGUAACGUGAAUACCAACAAACUGCUGGUCGGUGGUUCGCUUAACUCCAGUAUCAUGAAAGCGAAACGACAAAUUUCAUUCGAAUAG